CUUGAUUUGACUAAUUUGCCCUUGCUUCCCCAAACCAAAUAAAUCCACCAAAAUCCCAAACCCUAAACUCUCACACACAAAUUAAGUUGUGAUGAAGCUAUUUUGCUCGGUGCUCAUCGCGGCCGCACUGAUCGCGGCCUUUGCUCCCCUGAGCCAGGCCGCGAUCAGUUGCACUGCGGUGAUUUCAUACGUCAGGCCAUGCGACCCCUAUGUGAAAGGAACGGGUCCGAUAGGGUCCUGCUGCAGCGGCGCAAGACGUCUUAACGCCGCUGCCAGGACGACUUCAGACAGGCAGAGCGUCUGCAACUGCCUGAAAUCCAUCACGAGGACGGGAUACUCCCAAGCCAGCUUUAGCCGGGCCGAAGGCAUCCCCCGACUAUGCGGUAUCAACAUUCCGUACAGGAUCAGCCCUUCCACUGACUGCACCAAGGUGAGGUGAGCUUUGAUCAUUUGAUGCAGAUUUCAGCUCUAUUUUGCCAACCUACGUUGAAUUACUAUGUGUGAAACAAGAUAUUGGUUGUCAAUUUGGUUGUUUCUUUCCAUUGGAUUUAAUGAACCUUAUUAAUGAGAGUGACUUCUGUUUAA